AUGAGCUACUUGCGUAUAAAAAGAAAGCGCAACCAAGAGCCAUUGGAUGCUUUAUUAAUAGAAGAGAAUGAAUCGGAAGGCAAGAAGCCACAACCGCGUAAAAAGAGACAGAGACAAGGUUUAUUCAGAUUAGCUGAAACCGUAGAACAAUCAACUUUCACGUCCACAGAAACGAAAGAAGAACUUCAAGCGAGACUGAAGAGGAAAGCAGAAGAUGACUUGGAAGAAGAUGCGGAACGGCGGCAUAAACAGUCGCUUGGACGUCAAAUUAGACCGAAACCGACGACGUCUAGACGAUAUCAUGUCGUUACGGAGGAUGAUGAUAAGAAAGAUGUCUUCAUCGAUGUUGAACAAUCAAAGAAUGAGAGUGUUAACCGUUCAGAUAAAAAGGAUGCGUCAUUCGAUCCAUAUGAUGAAGAUAGUGAACAAAUGCGCGAAUUUAGGAAACUUGUGGAGGAUUACUUAAAAAUGCAGGAAACUGUCACACCAGAAAGUCCAACUCCGGAGACAGACAAAGACGAUGAUUAUGUCUUUGAUGUUUAUUACAGGGACAAGGCUGAUCUGAGGAAUAACACACAGAUAAUGUCAAAUAUUGGUUUAUUGACUGGGUUUUAUGACGAAUUCGGGCUCAACUUUGACCAAGAUUAUUCGAGCGAUAGCACAGAUAUACAAGAUGAAGCUGACGAGGAUAGCAAUGAAGAAGAUUACUACACUAACGACUAUCCAGAUGAAGAAGUUGGUAGCGAGGAAGAAGAAUACCCAGAGGAAUUCGUGGAUGAUAGUGAUUAACACAUUUACUCAUAUUUACUAAUGGAUUCAUGCAAUUCUUACAUAUAAACGUGAAUUAUUAAAAUCAUUCGUUAGAAAUUCUUUACUUGCGGUUAGAGUUGAUGAUUUGAACGAAUUCAGGCUUGAUUGAGGCACCACCGACGAGGAAACCAUCAAUGUCAGGUUGCUUGGACAAAUCACCACAGUUGGUAUGUGAAACUGAACCACCGUAGAUAACUCUAAUAGUGUCAGCGGCGUCUUGGCCGAGGUUUGACUUCAACCAUUGACGAAUAUCAGCGUGUGCUUCUUGUGCAAUUUCUGGUGUUGCAACCUUACCAGUACCGAUAGCCCAGACAGGUUCAUAUGCAAUAACGAUCUUUGACCAGUCAUUGCCAAUAUCCUUCUUGAGGCUGUUCAAUUGGUGUUCGACGACUUCCUUAGUCUUACCAGACUCUCUCUCGUCGAGCUUCUCACCAAUACAGAAGAUGACGUUAACACCUUCAUUCAAUGCACCUUGGGUUCUGUGAGCGACGUCAUCGUCAUUUUCCUUGAAGAUGUGUCUACGCUCAGAGUGACCGGUGAGUGUCCACUUUACGUCAAAGUCCUUUAAUUGGGUUGGUGCAAUUUCACCAGUGAAAGCACCAGUGUUCUUUCCGUAUACGUUUUGUGCAGAGACAGCGAUAUCUGGGUUCAAUCUGUUCUUAGCUUCUGAAAGGUAGAUUGCAGGUACAGCCAAGACCUUCUCAGUGUUCUUAUCUAAAUCUGCCUUGUUGAGAGUCUCAAUGACUUCAUUGAGAUUUUUGAGUGUAACUUGCAUUUUAGUGUUGCCUCCUACAAAGAAAGUUCUAGUCAUUUUUUAUUUUAUUUGCUCU